GAUUGGCAUCAGUCCGUUCAAUGUAGUUUUGCUCCUCAACUAGUACUCCAGCGAUUGAGUUUGGUAGGUCAGGAGUAAUAAACCGUUUAGGACGGUGCAUAAAAGUUUAUGUUUUGUUAUUUUUCCAAAUAGAAAAAAAAAUUACGUGUUUUGUUUGAAUAAUUAGUUAAGAAAACAUCACUAUCAUCACAUACGAAAGUAGCUGACUAGCUAGCGAUUGUGCUAUCGUUUAUUAUUAAACUAUUAACAGAAAAACGUUAUAGUUGACGUCAAAGUCAGGCGAAAGGGUUUGCCAGAGGAAUAGCUUGGGGUAAACGCUGGAGUUUGUGCGAUUUGUGAACUUUUGUGAGACUUUGAGACUGGGAAUGUCUUGUCGGAGUGGAGUGGCCCGGGUGGGUAACCAAGGACUGCAGCCCCUCCGAGCCACGGUCCCGUUUCAGCUCCAGAACCGAACAGCAUCACGAUGCAAAGACACCAAAGCAGCAGAGUGCAAGACGAAGGGCCGUCCCCCGAAGCCAACCUUGCGACGGACAUUGUCUCUCGAAACUUUGGUGGGACCAUACCUGCAGGGCCACUGGCCUAAGGAACCAGAGGGUCAGCCUGUUACCUGUGUCAAUGACAAGGCCACACAGACUCCCAGUUCCUGGAUAGAAGAAACACGGGGGCGGAGAGGGGGCGGUGGUCACAAGCGCUCUGCAUCAUGGGGUAGCGCUGAGCACAUCAGAGAGGUUGCUAAGUUACGGCACUCCUUGCAGAAACGCUCCAGACACGCACCUCCUGCCACGGACUGCGACCACACACAGCAACAUGCACACAACAGCCAAACACACACACCUGGAAGUACACAGACAAUGCCUUUGAUUCCUCUGAGCCGAUUGGCCCCCAGACUGAGACGCAGUGUGGAAGGACUGAACCUGGAGCUGGAAGGAGUCUUUGUGUCUGAAACAUCAAAGGAACAACACAAGAUUCUUGAUGUCCCAGAUGGUCACAGAGCCCCUGUCCCUGCUCAAAGGUACAGCAGCACUUCACAGAGUGACCCUUCUCCUGGCCAGCUGUCUCCCUCACACUCGCCCUGCACCAUCACUGACUCUGAUACUGUUGUGUGUGGGCCCCUCUGUCCGCUUCCUUCUCCUCCUCUGUGUAUGUCUGAGCCGCCAUCCUCCUCUCCUCGACCCAACAAGACAUAUUUAUUCCAGAGAGAACCUCCAGAGGGCUGCGAGAGAGUACGUGUGUCUGAGGAGGCCAUACUUCCCUGGCAUGGAAAUGCCCCUCUGCAGCCCUCCUGUCCUGACCCUAAUAAGGUGAAUUUUACACCUCACGGUGGCUCCGCCUUCUGCCCUGUGAGUCUCCUCAAGCCCCUCCUUCCUUCUAUGGAUCUGUUAUUCCGUGGCCUUUCUGUUUCACCAGUCACUGGCUGUUCGGCUCAAGGUCCUGGCACCUGCCAGUCACCAGGACAUGCUGUGGGGGGAUACUUGAGCGUGAUCCUCCCGGACUCUACCACCACCUCUCUGUGAAGAGCAGGCAUUCAUAAUGAGAAUUUUUUUUUGCCUUUGUCACACUUCAUCAGAGACUUUACAUUAAAGUGUCACAAAGAAAAACAAAAACACCAGUAACUGCUUAUGCUAUCUACUCUGCUAUCAUUUAAAAAAAAAAAAAUAUUUAUGGUUGUCUAUGGCAAAUCUAUUUGCAGAUGACAUAUUGAUCUCAGGACACUCCGGACUUGGCACUUGUGAUCAUUUCCUUCUUACAUUAUAGCAUUCAUUUAUUGCUAUUGUACACUAUAUUGCUAUAAUCCAAUUCAUCAUCUGUCAUAGGAUGUAUAAUAUUUUAGGUCUGCCAGAAGAUGGUAAAUAAUUGGUGAGAAAAUGGUCUUUUUGGACCUCUUACCAUAUUUU